AUGCUGAGCAGGUCGUGCUCGUCGCGGCGGCGGCGGGCAGCCCGCAGCGCGAGCAGCACGCCGGCCCCCGGCGGCGGUGGCGUGGGCGGGGAGCCGCGGGCGGCGCGGGGGCGGCGCGCCAGCGUGGCGGUCGGCGCGCACGACGCGGAGCGCCAGCGGCGCAGCCUGAGCCCGGGGCCCGCCGCCACCGCCGGCGCCAGCAUCAGCGGCAGCGCCAGCGCCAGCGGCAGCGUCAGCCCCGCCCUGCUGUGCCCGCCGGAGCCGCGCAGCUACGGCCGCAGCCCGCGCCACAGCGUCGCCAGCGUCGCCAGCGUCGGCGCGCCCCUGGCAGAGGCCGACGCCUCCGCCGGCUGCCUGGGCCCCGGCCACCGGCCGACGCCGCCGUCUCCGCGCCCGCUCUCCCCGGCGCUGCUGGAGCCGCCGUCUCUCGUCGUCGCCGACGCCGACGCUCUAUCUACAGGUGGAGGCGGAGGAGCUGGCUCAGGCGGAGGGCGUAUGGUGCGCAGCCCGUCGCCCUACCGCAUGACCGUCUCUGGCAGGGGUGCGCAGAUCAACUUGGCCUACAGCGGCUCCACUGACAUCGCUUCUCGGCGCGCCAGUUCCUCUGUGUCCGCAGACGAUCGCCGCCAGCUGUGUGAGCGGCGCAAGCUGAGCAGCGACACUGGAAUGGCGCUCACCGACUACGGCUCUGUGGUCUAUCAGCUCAAAGACGCCAACAUGGAGGCUAACGGCACCUGCGACUUCGUCUGGCGCUCCCUGCGCAUAGUCUACAAGACUGCUGCGGUGACUGUGCUUCUUCUCUGCGUCGCUUCCGUACCGCUGGUCAUGCUGAUAAUGGGUGUGCAGUACCUGCGCGACUGCCCGCGCGAGCCACACCUGCCGAUGUACAUGGUGGUCGGCGGUGUGCUGGGGCUCGUGUACACGGGCUGGCUGCUGUGGUGGCAGGUGCGCUCGCGCCGCUACGAGCGGCUGGAGGCGCGCCACGGCGUCGCCAGCGUCGCGUCGUCGGCUGGGUCGCGCCUCGCGCACGCUGCGCUCGCGCUCUUCCUGGCGCUGUGGUUCGCCUUCGGCAACUACUGGACGCUGCACGUCAUGUGGCCCGAGUUCGAGCCGACGCUGUUCGAGCCGAACCGGUGGUGCGCGCGCUCGCUGUACGCGUUUGCCGUGGCGCACCUGGCGCUCGUGUGGUCGCUGGCGUCGUUGGUGGCGGGGACGGCGCUGCUGCUCGCCAUGUGCCGCUGGCUCGCCUGCCCCCACGUGCUGCGCUUUAAAUAACCCUGCCACCAUUCACCGCUCAUAGCUACUCUUCUCUGACCUUCCUUUCGCUUACAUUCCUCUUGUGUUGCACAGAUCACUGCACUGUGUCAGUGGUAAAGAUGUCAACUCCGCACGAGUAGCUGCAAAAAGACUUCUGAAGCUAAUAACCUGGGCAGAGGCUGGGUCCUGGUGAUCAACUAUCCUCUUUCAAGUGGUUACAGAUUUCGCAGUGUCCUUAUUCUCGCUAAACUCGUCCGUACGCUGUCUACAGUUCCGUUUUCGGUUUUGUACGACUCCGUACGUGCAGUCGGGCGCAUUUAUUUGCCGUAGUUUAGCAGUUUCCACUACUAUCACAUCACCGAAACACGUUAGUCGCGAUUCGGGUCACGGAUAGUAGUUUCUGCUGUUUUGAACACAACGACUAGUUCUGUUACCGUAAAUUUAAGUGUUACAGUACAGAUCGAUUCUGUAAACUCUCAGCAGCUACGGACCAAUAAAUAACCAUUAAGCAAGCAGCAAGGUCAGACUGAUAAAAUAAUCUCUCGAUGAGAAUUAUUUUUCAAUAUUGAUCGUUGAAAAAGCUGUUUGUGCUGCCUUUGUGUACUGAUGCUCUAGACAACAUCUGCUGAACCGUACCACUAUAUCAGUAUCAGUACUCAAACGCAGUAGCAUAUCGGGUCACAGGCCUUUUCACCAAGAGUUAUCACUGAAUUCUUCUUUUGCGAAUAUUAUUAUUAUCGACAGGACAUUUUUGGGCGCAUGCAUUCUCUUUUAUUCACUGAAACGAAUUCCAUACAAGAUACUUCGCUUCCUUCACUCAUUUUGUGAUACCAUUGCAGUCAUACAAAAGAAACAGUGAAAUUGAUAGUAAAAUAAUCUGUUCAGAAAAUCUGCCAUUCCGUUUGCCAUGUUUCCUUUAAAGUCAUAGACUACCUUGCUUAAAGUGCUUUUUCACCUCUGUAUAGACAACGUAGCUAUUUUGACUUACUACAAUGGCUCUAUUUGCUCAUUAUCUUUUCCUGACACAAACACAGUGAAAUGUUAGUACAUGUAUCAAUGGAAAUAUUGCCAGAAGAGUUCAGAUGAUUCGUUGUUUUCUGCCUACUUCCUAAAUUUUGCAAAGGAUAGAUUUUAUUAUACAAGAUAAAACUAUUCCAUUUACGAUUUUCCACACUAAAAACUUAACAUUUCUUUGUAGCUUUCAUGGUAUUAUUUGGAAAUAAAUAUAUAUGUCACUCUUUUGUACACGAAACGUGUGGCGCAAUUUUGAUUGCUGCUCGUAGAUACUCAUCUCUGAUAUUGUAGAAAUGCCAGUCAGUCACUGGCGAUAGGUGUGGUCAAUGUACAUCACUUUAGUUACCUGUAAUGCUCAGCAAUGUGUACAAAAACAAUGUUCACAUUCAAAGAAAUGCUAUACGCAUUUAAAAUGAAAAUUCUAAGGACGCUCGUGCAAAUAUGAAAACAUUCAGCUCUUGUUGAAGUAAGAUAUAAGUUACCACUGUAUAUGUAAAGGUUGAUAAUGUUUUAUAAGUGAUAACACACUGAACUUUAAACGUUUGUAUGCGAGUUAGUGAAACUGAUGACAAGAAAUGCUUUUAAAGCUACCUUUCUAUUUAAUGGAAAUUGUGUGUUGACAGACUUCAGUAAAUUUCAUCACUGAUCCACAACUUCGUUAGUUACUCUGUAACAAACAAUUUUAAGAGUUACGACACCUGACUGAUGUUUGUAUAAGAUACAGGUGAUUAUUUGUAAGUCAUUUUACAGUUGGUUUGGAGUAAAAUAUUUUUCUCUGGUCAGAUCAAAUAGCCCCAAAAAAUUUUUUAAACUGAAGGUUGCAAAGGAACUAUAGUAAAUAAAGAUAAGUCACUACUGUCUGACUUAAUCCUUCCAAUUUUGUACGAGUAUGAAGAAGUUUUUGGUCUAAACUAAGUCAAUAAUUAAAACCUUCAGUAACAGCCGCAGGAAAUCUGUUCCGUCCUUUCUUUCUUUAAGCAAGCCGAAAAAUUAUUUUUCUUUGUGUCGCCUUUAUGGACAAUUUAAAAAUUUCCGGUUGAGCCAUAAUUUUUGUGCGGUAUCAUGAAGAAAAUUACUACCAGUUCCUCAGACUUUUUUGUAUCUACGUCAGUUUGCAGGCCGUAAUACUCAGUAUGAUAUAGAGACGGACUUACAAAGCAGUGCAUUAUCCAUUUCUAAUUGUUGUGAGACUUAGUGUAACACCUGAAAAACAGAUAAGUGGAGGGCCUUCAGCGUGUCACCAGAGCGAACACUUAGCAAGGAUAUGUGGGUACCUUAGCUUUGUCUGCAACUCUGAAGAGUCUGCUAAUUAAAUGAAGCUAGAGCUGAAGAACUCCAUACACCGUGAUCGCAGUUUAAAAAUUUUUAUUGUUCUGAGAUGGCGGUUUGGACAGUCUUAUGGUGCCAUAAUCUGUUCUAAAUGAAGAACAUGAAAUCCACGAGAAGGGGUGGAGAGACUACAAUUAAUUACACCUAUAAUGUAAAAUACAAAAUUUCACGUAAAUAUAAAACUUCACGUACCUUAUAGACCUUGUCAUAAAUGUGCCAUGCUACGUUACACGAAGACAAAGCUCAAAAAGCACUCUACCACACAUAUACAUAUCUCUAUAAAAAAAACACACACAGCUGAUAACAUUCUGGUACCGUCCAUGCAUAUCGGCGUUGGAUAUGACUUUCCCAAACUUGCUGCACAGCACUGCGUUAGAAGCGGAGCGGUAACAUAGAGAAGCACAUCCACUACAAAGUUACUGAUAUCGCCGUUGGAUGGCGUAGGUGAUAAGACACUGCACGUUCUCAUUUUGAGGUUAUAAGCAGUAAAUAGCUGUGCACUGAAAAUAAAGGUAUAUUUUUCGAAAUGCCCGAUACAAUAGUAUGGAGUUACAACUGACUACACAUUUAAAAUUCCCAUGAGCUUACUCUCAUACAAUAUCUAUGGUCAUACAUGCUAUUUGCUUAUUGUGCAGUGAGUAAAUUAUGGUAAUAAUCAAAACAUUUUAAUAAUAUUUUAUAUCUUCAAUUAACCAAGCAACAUGACGUAAAAAGAAAACCGAGAUUUCUAAGCCAGCCAGACGUGGAUGGGUUCCACAAAGUAUCACCCAUGAAAAUCCGCGCAGAACUAAACGUACUUCGAGAGCCAUCUAACACAGAUGCAAGCUUACAGAGUCAAAUCGAAAUGAUAUACACUAUAAAAAGUAAUGUAAACACCUACAAUAAAAUUAAAGGCAUCAGUGGUUCGAAACAGUAUGUGUGUGAAUAGGUAAUGACAGCGUGUGAAGGAUGUCCAUAACCCAUGCUGUGUGUCACAAACUGCUAUAAACGGAGGAAUUUAAGCAAAUAUCAAUGACGAAAAUCAAGUAACUGAACAGAGACCGAAGUCCGUCUUUAGUAUUGUGACUGAGAGGUGAGACGGGAUUUGUUACAUCCGUACAUGAUAAUACAAUGAUAAAGCUCCAAAUCAAUGCACUAGACGAUCAAAUGAUAAAUGACUGUCAUAUGAGUUACCCGUUGCGUGCUGGAUACAAGGUAUAGAAUCGUUAUACAAAAAGACGCUUACAGGUUGGACAGAUUACCUACAACGUUUGCGGUAAUGACAUGAUGCUCCCCGUCUGGCUAAUACAAAAGCCUCCGCACUGGCCACUGUGCAAAUUGUACACCCCAGCAUAUCUAUACCUAUCUUGCUGAUUUUCUAUUGAAAGCCUCAGUUUAGAGUGUAAAUUAUAAGUUGUAUUAAAGGCAAGAGCUAUAUUAGAAUUACGAAAUUGUUGCUCAGUUUUUAUGCUUAUAGUAGAACAGCCUAUAGGUACCAUGUCAUUAUGCCAAAUCUAAAAGGUAACCUAUCCCACAUGUAAACCUCUCACCUUAUAACGAAUAUAUACUUUGAUCCAGCUCACAACGGGUGUCUGAUAUAAUAGCCAUUUAUUACUUUAUCGUCUAGUGCAUUAAUCUGAAGCUCUAUCAUUGUAUGGUCAUGAGAUGUUGCGGUUAUAACAGAUAACGUCUCGUCCCUAAACCAUAAUUAUAAAUAUGGAUCUAAGACUCAGCUCAGUUAUUUGAUUUUCGUCAUUGCUGUUUGCUUAAAAAUCAUCGUGUGUAGUAGUUUGUGACACUCAGCAUGGACUACAGACAUCCCUCACGUACUGUCGUGACCUAUUCAUACGCACUGUUACGCUCCAUUCAUAUGUUUCAUCUUACUGUAGUUGUCUACAUUACUCUUUAUGGUACACAUCAUUUCGAUUUGACAGUGCAAUAGACACCUCGCACCCAAAAAGCUUGCAUCUGUAUUAGGUGACUCCUGAAGCAGGUUUAGCUCCGCGUGGUUUUUGCAUGCGCUAACCCAGGUAUGGCCGGCUUAGCAUUGGCGAUCGUACCAUUGCAGCUAUCUUUCCUCACCAUGUUGCUUGGUUAAUAAAUGAUAUAUAUUAUUUUUAAAUGUUUUUGAUUAUUAAUUUAAUUUCCUCACUGUACAACAGCCUACAGUAUGCGAGACUUAGAUUUUAUUUGGAGCGUAAGCCUAUGGUAAUGUUAAACCUAUAGUCAAUUCGGAUUCCUUAUUGUUAUAUCGAGUAUUUAGAAAAAUCCACCUUUAGUUAUGCUGCACCUCUAUUCAUUGCUUGUAACCUCAGCAUGUGAUCAUUUAGCGUGUACUACUUAUGGGACCCAACUUUGUAGCGCCUCUAUGUGAAAUCGGUCAUCAUGGAAUAUUAAAAUUUCUAUUCUGCGAUCGCGGAGUACGAAGUAUGUUCAUUUACAACCAUACAGAUCGCCCGACAGCACAAAAUGUGUGCUUUACUAAAUAAAUUUCUGGACCAAAGAAAUAUCAAUGUUUGAAAUUUGCAUUUCACGUCGACCAAGUGUGAAAUGCAGACAAGAUUGUGGGAACAAAUCAAAAAAAAUCACAACCGAUUGGCGGUGACCACAUGUCAUCACAUGACGCUAGUCUCAAGCGGAAAGAGUGAAAGAGAUGACUGGACAGGUUUAUACACAAUAAUAAAGAAACAACAGUUAAUGUAGCAGAUCGUUUGUAGUGGCAUUUAAUAUUGUAGGACCGGCGGAAAGCGUACGUACUACACGUGAUAAACCAACCUAAGUAUCUCUCGACAAAGUGAAGUAUAUUCCCAGCCGUUGUAGCAGCUACGCUCGGUAAUAUAACAACAAGAUAACACGUCCAUGUUCAAAGUGAUGCGCGCUGUUAGUUUAUAAAAACGAUAGCAGGAGUUGCGGCUAAUUGCUGUUAACGUUAUUACAUUAAGUGACAACCAGAAGAAGGAAGAGAGAGAAAGAGAAAGAGAGGAAAAAAAACCUACUGCUAAGGUGUUAAAGGAAUAUAAGACGGCUGUCUGUAAAGUACGAAAUCGCGGUGGUGAAUGAAAUUUCAGCACCUUCUCCAAAGAGGCGAAACAUGAUGAAAAGUGCUUAAUUUGGAUAUUCCGUUGGCGAUCUAUAUAAAUAUGCUAAGAGGUUCUCUGAACGGUUCAGAUGAACAUAAACUUCUUUACAGCUUUUUUCACACAGAGUUGCGUAUUGAAUAACAGGGAAAUAUUAAGAGAGUUUAUUUUGCCAGUCUGAUUCCGUAUUAAGUAGAGUGUCCAAGAGCGACCAGCUUUUACUACAAAAUUUUAGAUUCAAAACAUUCACGCAUUACAUGAUGAUUCAGACCUGACCGAGGGAGUGUAAGCAAUCCUGUUGUCAAGCAAGUGUGGCAGCCAACGUUUAAUUUGCGUUCCUUCGUCUGUGUGUUCAGUACACAACAUGUGGAAGGACUCUCUCCGAUACAACUCUAUCCGGUAGCCACUUUACAGGCCAUACUGAGAUACUGAGACCUGUCUUUGCAUAAUACAGGUAACACUUGUCUUUUAGGUUUAAAAAGAGUAGCAUUUUAACUUCUUGAGGUAAACAGCUAUAGAUUACAUGUGAUGAUUGAUGAAGGACAUCUACUAUGAUGAACGGUGAAAUUUUAUGUUACUAUCAAAGCCACACCGACUUGCAGUAGUCACUGCACUGGCAUUAUGAGUCCCGACGCGUUUUAGCUGACAGUGUUGCUCCUUGUAAUCAAUUGGUUACGCAAAGUAGGUAGCGCUGACUACAGCAGCGUGAUAUUUGUGGCACAUUUAUGUCGGGUUGCAUGAGGACUGUCAACCUCAGAAUGGUACGUACAUUCUUCACCCAGGCUACGUCAAUUUACUGUUACAGGCAGCAAGUACCCAAACGCCGUGUAAUCAUUUACAACCGAACCAACAGAAGGCAUGACUAUGGUCAAUGUUAACAUAUAUCACGAAAUCGCCAUGGAAAUUAAUUGCACGCAUAUAAGUAUACAAACGUGUUGAGGAGAAAAGUAAUUCCUAUUCGUUUUGUUGUAAGGCCCUGGCAGUCACUUGAUGUAUUUUCUAACAGCGCCCCACAUGUAACAUACGGGAGUUUUUAUGGUUUUAUAUUUCCGUCCCUCGCUUUCUCUGACGCAAAAGCAAUGCUGCCACUAAGUCUGAUACUAAAGUUUGCAAUGUCGGAUGGUAUGACUUUAGGAAAGCCAUGUGAUGGAUGUAAUCCGUAAAUACCCAUACUCAACAAUGGCAAAUCUGAGACGCCUGUCUCAAUUUAUCCAGACACUGCAGAACUGCAGAAACAGCGUUAUGUUCGGAAGGAAAGGCGUUUUCUAUCUUACCCUUUAGUUGCACAUAAUGUAGUUUAACAUUUAGUUAUCCACAGUGUGGGACCAAAGUCUACUAAAUUCGUCAAAUGACAUUCUUCAAACGAUUUUUAACUCACGGCAGUCUGUUAUUUCACUGCAGUGUGUGUCACGUGUUGUGGACAGGGAAUAAAACGUUUUCAGAGACAAAGAUUUUUCUCCACCGUACGAUUACCAGACAUUAUGUGAUACAGAGGUCAUCACACGCACUAUGUGAAACACUUUGUUGAAAAAUAAAUUACUAAAGUAUUAGACGUGAAAUGUUGCUGAGGCCUUCUCUCAAAUGGAACUGCUGCAUUAACAAUUAUGGAGACACGGAUAACUUGAGUUCCAUCUAUAAGAGAAAAUAAGUCAGCUUAGAGAGUGAACGCCAGGAAUCCCUGCGCUGUUGCUGAUAUGCUAACUCAAUAAAAAUUCUUUACCGGGUUCUUAUAGCAACAAGCUUAAUUCUUGGGCUUAAGGAAACCAAUAAGCUUUCCCCCGUAUUGUCAAAUCCAAUAUAUUUUUUGCAUAAGCUCCUCUUACGCUGGGAGCCAUUGUCUCAGUUUGACUUAAUGCAGCUGCUUAUUCUUCUGGAAGUGUAAGUACAAUGUUCGAAAACAACAUCAAUAGUUUUUUUUAACAGAUCUCCACAUACCUUGUUCGAUAAACUAUCAGUUACAAACUGAAAAGAAUCAGUUGCGAAACCCAACCAAUGUGGCUCUCAAUACAUAUCUUUGGAUUGUGGGUAUUAAUCUCCUUUGCAUUUGUACAAGACAAUACAAUAAUUGUUUGUUAUAUUGUGACGACUAAUGUGUACCAGAUAUGAUCAACUAUACGCUUAAAAAUAAGACAUCCUAAUUACCUGGAACAAAAUAGACAAACAUAUACCGUAUUCUGUAUUAUGCGGCUUGUAUGGGCAAAUUUAUAUUUGUUCUAUCGAAAAACACCAAAAUUUUAAGACUCGUCCAAAUAUAGAAAACGGAGAAAAAUAUUUUCUUGAUGUUCUUUUUCGAGAUCUCAUAUUCCUGAAUCAUUCCAAUAAACGAUAUUUUGUAAAAAGGCUUCUCAUAUACCAGGCACUGCAUUUAUAAAAUUGUGGUUUCACGUGAACACGCUCCGAUAUAUAGUCACGUACAAUUGUACAAAGAUAUUAUGUGUGAUGCAUGGAUCAUGGUUCACAAUUACAGCUUUCGACGACGAAACACGAUAAUUAGCAGAAAAUAUUUACUACCUCAGUAUUUCUGAUUCGCUACAUUUAACCGAAAUUAGUUUGGCAUUUUGAUAAAAUGGAUGGGUGUACUUCCCAAAGCAUUACACUACGUGCUACUUCAUUGAGAGGAAUCGGGAGUACUCACAUCCAACUGUAUGCCUGGCUGUGUCUCCAUAAUUUUAACACUUUUGUUAUACACGGCAAAUGAACAAGUGUAUUCGGAAGUACUGUAACAGUACGUCUAGUCCAUGGAGCGAUGUGCUCAUCUUAAAAAUAUUUAUUUAUUUGUUAUGUUUUGAACAUUUUGGCAGGUAACAUCACGUUGCAAAGCAAGUAGGAAGAAACGCCAAUGCUACUAAACUUGUGCUAGCGGAUAGAAGUUUGUGCGUCUCGUGGCGUAGUAGUACGAGACUGAUAGUACAAUCAGCUGUUAUUCUAACAUUUUUAGGUGGAGUAAUUGCUUUGAGAAAAGAAAUGAACGAAUUAAAGUGCUAUUUUUGAAAAUUGAGAUUUUUAAAGUGAAUUAAUUACUAUAAAAUUUUACUUAUAAUUUUUCAUACUGGGGACAUAUUAAAACGAAAUAAAUUUCUAACGAAGAACUAAUUUUGUCUACCUGCAAUGAUUUUUUUAUUAUAAGGACGUGGUAAGUCUGCAGUAAGGAAAUUAGGUUGGCUGGUGAUGACUACGUAUAAUAUGAUACUGUGUAAUGGUAGAAAGUCAUCAUCAGACACGCUGCGAUGGUGAGAGGAUGGCGAUUACGAGCUAGGUAGUUCUGGGACGUUUUAUUUCAUUGGGUUGUCUCCGAGGAAAAAUCUUUCUGCUUCCUGGAAAGACUUGUAACGUUAUCCGUGGUGUAGAGUUUUGCCAGUGGCUUGUUGUUUGCACCAUCUUCACACAUGGUGCACUGGAUUAGCCUGUAAAUCAUUAAGCGACGUUCCUCAGCUCUUGUUCCUCCCCUUUUGGCUCAGCAAACUUCCUAAUUCUAUCUUUCUUUUCGUUUUACAUCUUGCAUAAAUUGCGUGUUACUUACAGAGAACGCAGUGUCUCGUUGAAUCAUUGGUUUUAUUAAACUGAUAAUGUCUGUGUACUUGAAUGUAGGACAUCUUGCGCUAGUAGCUGUCUGUAUUUCUCGCUAGCGACAUCUCAGAAUGACAUUGACAGCUCGGUGAAUUUAACACCAUUAGCUUUUCACACAUGUCACGAAAAAUUCGUCUACGAGAGGAGAAAUCUCAGCUGCAGUGUGUUUCCCUUACACUGUAUCAUCUCGACGAAAACACUUUAUGUACCAGUGCAAAAAUUAUUAGGUAGUUGUUGUCUGCCUCAAAGAACAUCAGUUUCAUAAUUUUGGAGGUGAAUAUCAGAUCUCUAACACUCUUCGGAACCAACGCGAAAUCUAAGCAACUGCAAGUUUCGUGAUGUUUUAAUUUUUAUCUUGUUUUUAUUAUUCAAAGAUGUUUACUCAGCGAGACGAAAUCUGCAGAAUAGGAAUUUCCUUUUCUGGACAGAAGUUAAUCUAGCUCUGUCAACAUGUCUUUAUUUAAAUGUCUCUGGUGGCGAAUAACUUUGCUAAAUUGUUUACAAUAUAACUUCCGUAAUCUGAACACUUCCUGAAAGAUUCCAGUGAUUUUGUUUCCUCCCAUAAUGAUCUCCGGUAUAAUGCGCUGGCGUGCAAAACUUAUGGACGAAGGCAACUUUUGAAUUACGUGGCACUGCAGAGUAUUAUAGCUCGAUGAAACUUAACUACACAUAGAACAAACUUCUAGAUUAUAGUACUGUACAGUUCAUAAGGUAACUGCGAGAAAUACGCAAUGAGACGAACAGGAAUGAAACUUUUAUUCAAAGAAAAUAAUUACAGUGAAUUAACCCCGAUUUAUGACAGUCCCACGGAUAUUAGAAAAAGAAUGACAUCUUUUUUAAUAUGUUGUGCUAUCACCAAGGACACCAGUAGAUGCUGUGCAACGUGGUCCCAUGCUGGCCACAAAGUUGGUGGGGAGUUCUUGUGGUAGGGCGCUCCAUUCCUGCACCAGCGCGACUUUCAACUGCUUCAUAGUCACUGGUGCACGUGGACGUACUGCAGUGCGUCGCCCCACAAGUGCUCGCUGCGAUUUAAGUAGGAGGAGCGGGCAAGCCAGUCCACUGGCCGAAUAUCCUCUCGUCCAGAACUUCCCCCACCUGCGCAGUUCGAUUUGGUUGCGCAUUCUCAUCCACAAAAAUGAAGUCACGACCAAAUGAACCCCUGACGCACAUGGGAAGGUUUGACCGGCGAUUGCCCCACGUUCAAAAAUUUGAAAAUUAGCAGAUCCACGCGACAUUAUGUCUCACCGCACUGUAACACCCGGACCACCAAAUCUACAAUUUUCGACAAUGCUGGAGGCCCUCAUAUGGCGAGAAGCGGGAACACGCAAUGCACCCAGGAACAUCGCCCAACAUAAUGUUGCAUGUGUGUACUAACCUCCAUGUUUUUGAACACCGGUCAGCAUUACUGUGACACCGUACUCCUUUCCCAUGCGCAUAUUUUCUGUGGUGUAUUUGGCCCUGACUUCACUUUUAUGGAUGACAAUGCAUGACCGCAUCGAAUAGCGCAGGUGGAGGACCUCUUGGAAUAAGAUGAUAUUCAGCAAAUGGACUGGCCCGCCCAUUCCCCAGGUUUAAAUCCCAUCGAGAUAUUGUGAGAUGCGAUGGCGAGUGGUAUUGCAGUACGACCGCAUGCACAAAUGGCCACCCAACACUUCUCAACCGCACUGGUGGAGAAAUGCAACGCUCUACAUUGUGGGGGCACGUUGCACACCAUGCGUUGCUAUCCGUGGUGAUCACACACUCUAUUAAUAACUAUGUCCCUUCUUUUAUUAUUUUAAGGGGACCAUUAUAAGUCGCAGUGACUUCGGUGUAAACAUUGUUUAUGAACAAAACGGUCAGUUCUGUUCGUCACAUAGUGUUUUUUUUCAGCCACCUUCUGCACUAAUCUGUAGCAGUUCCUUCUACGUAUGGGCCAUCGAGCUAUGUUGCUUGGCAGUGCCACGUAAUUCGAAAGUUAUCUUCGUCCUUAAGUUUUGCACCCCAGUGUAUAUUAGGCGAUUAACUAUGUUCCAACAGCUACUUGAAAAUGGGAUAUAAUAUUUUACGUAAAUUUGUAAUUCUAAAACACGCGAGAAUAUGCCACCACCCGCCAACAGUUACUGCUAUCGCUUUACCAGUGACGUCCUAUCGUGUAUUACCAACGCUAAAUAACGUUAUUUAGGCACCAAAGAUGAGGGAAAACUCAUACAGUGUACUUUACCUUAGAGUGCUGAUAAUUAUGUGAUAUCAGCUUGUUUUAUAGAAUUAAAAAAAACAGCGUCUAAUUACUGUUUCGAAAUAUUUUUACGCUUGAUCUGUAAGGGCGUCAUUAGCGUGUGUGUUGCGCUGAUGGUUGCUGCCGCAAGCUUAGUUCUUGAAAACGAAAAGCACCCAGCGGUAAAGAUGAUAGCUAAAUGACUUCUCUUUCUUCUUGUAUGAUGAUAUCUUCUGAUAUGUUCCUAGUUUCGUUGCAUGAGGUUUUGUUUUCCCUACUCAUGCACUACCUCUUACGUCUGAGAAACACCUGGUCCCCACCAUCUCAAAAUUUUUCCUCGCACGUUUCUUUCCCAUUUUCGAUAAAAAUCUAGUUCUUCGAUGUGUCUUACAGGCCGUAAUAUGUACAACAUACAAUAGCCUUGAUGCAGGAGUCCUACCUUCGCCGAUACACUUAAUAUGCAAAGAUUUAGUAAGUUUUUAAUAAUAUUUUAUUUCCUGUCAGCGGAUUCUGUUACAAGAGACAAGGUACAAAGAAGCCAUUUGUACUAAAUAGGUUACUUCCGGACAUCUUGCCCAUUCUUCAAUUGUAGAUAUUCGUAUACAGCAUUUUGUGUUAUUAAAGGUAGCGGCGGUCGUUGGGCGCUACAAAGCCGUUUCGCGAUUCGCACGUACAAAAUUGAAAAAAAAUUUAGCAAGAUGCAGAUUGUAUGGGCUAAAGUGAUAUACCGGGAAAUGAAAUUACUCUCUUCGGUUUUCCCGUUAAACGCUAGACAUGUGUAGGGCGUUAUAAAUUCAUGUUCACGAUAGGGGGUUGUGUUGAGCUUAUGAGUGAAACGUAAACAGCUACUGGCAAAUACUUAGAUUACAAAAGAGAAAUUUUAUGGAAAAUCGAGGAGUAGGUAAUACAAUAAAUCCGUCUUAAGUUUUAGAAGUGACAUUUUGUUUUAAGUUUGACUUUUUCAACGCGUUUUGUGAUCCCAUAUGGAUGUUUCCAGCUAUCGCAAGUACUUAACGCCCUCAUUUGUGAUCAGUUUGUCUGCACAUAAGGACCUUUUUCUUUCUCCUUAGUUAUGGUUUAAAUAUUGAAAAGGUGUAUUGUUCCUUACCUGUAAAGCGAUACGUAAGUUCGAACUAACGUUUUUAGAAGCGAUCAGAAAGGUCUCUACAACAAUACAGAUUUUUUAAAAAAUAUAGGUCGUAAUUAACUCAUGCGUUUGCAACGAAUAACUGCAUGUCCUAGGGUGAAAACUGGUCGGAGAUCCAGACACACAGUACAUUAUCACAAUUAUUCACUAUUCGUACUCGUUCCGAUCCACUAUGAUUUAUUAUUCUUGCUCUGUUAUAUGGAGCACGUGGUAUGUUCUAGAAUUAUAUAUUAAAAUGGCUUUAAUUUACUAACUUAAAUAUUAGGAAGUCUAAAAUAAAAUUUCUUCCACUAAACUUGGAUCGUGCCAAGUUAAGAGAGGCGACGCAAAAGAAAAUGAAGUAUUAUUUCUAUAAUGAAGUUUCUGCUAUUGGUCACAUCGUCCUUCAUUAUUGUGUUACGUAAAGAGCUGUUAUUAAUUCUUUGGAAAUAUCUAAUGUCGUCGGUUCUUAUUCUUGGAAAUGAUACCGUCUUCAAUGCCUAGAGGAAAGUUUCAUCGCAAUGUCUUCAUCGGAUGACUCACAGUGUUAACAUAGACGAUUUGUUAUUUUGACAUACUUCCAAUAUUACGAGAGAACUGUAGGAUUUUCAGCUUACGUCGUGAAGGAUUGCGUCAUCAAGUGGUAAUUUGGAAUGAGCUUUUGAUUCGUGUUGAGAUGAAGUCACGAUGUAAUUAUAAUAUUUCGGAUGGACGUUUGUGCUCGCUGUAUUAUUUUAAUAAAGCAGUCUCCCUCUUGAUAAUGUAUCUUAAGUAUCUUAAAUGUUGCUGUAAACAUUGCUAUAUUGAUGGUUGAAUUUCUCACACCCUCUAAAGAGAAACAGAGAUAGUACCUAUCUGAUGUGCUAAAUGUAUGUGUGUGCUAAUUAGAACAUAUCCUACACUAAGGCAUAUCCAUGUAAGAUAAUCUGCUAAAGGUUUUAGUUUUGUGUAAAUUUGUGUAAAUUUUGUUAAUACAAGAAAAUGGUAGAAAAGUUUUAGCCUGAACUUAUGUAACAGAUACGAAAGUGUAAUGUUCUUAAGCAGUUAUAUAAUAGAUAUAUAUAUAUAUAUAUGUACCUUGUUAUACAAAAUAUCAAAAGUAGAAGUAGAAAAUAUACUUUAUGUUGUCCGUGUAAGGAAGUGCAACUAUAUUUUAGACAUUGCUUCGCUGAAAAGAAUAAGAAAUAUACAAGAAAUGAAUACUAUGUUGAAUAAAGUAAUAUAGAAGAGUGUGCUUUGUAAGUGUGUAAAAUGCUUUCUAAAAUUUCUGAUCCUGAGCAGAAUUCUUACGUCUGAGCAAACAUAAUUGUAGGAAAUAGCUCCGAAAUAUAUUUUCAUAUAAAGAGGUUUUACGCUAUACUGGAUUUGUUUACGAGACAUUAAUUGUGUUUGAAGUAUUAACUGUCAUUUCAACGUGCUACUUUUUCCAUGCGUUUUGUGGUGUUUUGCGACCCAAUUUUGUUUAUUUUUGCAUAUGUUUUACUUGCUGAUGCUCUGUUAACUAAAACUGUGAAGGAACAAAUAAAAAUCUGUCUCUGCAAAAGCACCAAAUUAGAAAGGUGGACGCUUAAUAUAACUAUGUACAAUGUUUAUCUGAUUCUCGGUGUGAAAAAUAAAGGUUAUUUUCGAAAA